GUCCAGGCCAACAACCACUUCAGCUUCUUAGCUUUGCUCAGGCAUUUUCAAUCCGCAUGGAACAUUCUGCAUUUAAUGCGUAAUCUGGAUCCCGAUAAUACAAGAAAGGAAAGAACUAUGGAAUUUAUUAUGUUUGCUAGCCUGUUCACGUGGCUAAUCGUCUUGUCGUCGUCAAAAGCGACGGUCAAUAAGGGCGAAGAAAAGUACUCUGUCUGUUGUGAACCCGUCUGCUACGAACGAGCGAGGCUGAUCAAUGCAUCGCUAAACACGUCCGUUCAGCCAUGCGAUGAUUUCUACUCGUAUGCCUGCGGUGGAUGGAUGAAUACACACACUAUUCCAGACACAAGGUCCAAUAUCGGUACCUUCUACUUUCUCCGCAAUGAACUGAAAAACACCCUCAAAGGUAUAUUAGAAAAUAUGACCAUCGCUGAAGAGGAGCAGACUAUAGAGAACAAGCUUGCCGUUGCUUACAAUGCCUGUGUAGCUGUUCCAGAACAGGAGGAUCACAUCGACGUUCUUCUGAAUGUAAUGAACUUUUCCGGACUUGGUCAGUGGCCGAUCAAAUCUGGGGAUAGCGAAAGAUGUGACGGUAUCGGAAAUUGCAGUCAAAUUAUCAAGAAGCUUCCGAUUUCCACCUUACUUAGCUUCCAGGUCGGAAGAGACUUCAAGAAUCUUUCCUCUUACGCAAUACAGAUCUCGCAACUGAGCUUUCGAACAGUGGGGAGGAACCAGCUCAUACAUCCAGAUAAAAAUAGCAGCAAGCUAAUAAUCACAGCAUACAAGGAGCUCAUUCAAGUAGCCUUGAAGCUAAUGAACACUAACGUCAGUCAUGAGGAACAAGCGAUUAUGGUCCGACACACUCGUCGAUUUUGAAGGACAGCUGGCUAACUUGACAGCACCACCGGAGAGACGACGCAACCUAAUGGCAAUUUAUCACAGGACCACGAUAGAAGAACUGGAAAGGAACUUCACUCGGGUGCCGCUGAAACAUUUGAUCUCGAAAAUGUUUUCAUUGGUGAACAUUACGAUCACUGGAAACGAAACAGUAGAACUAUUCGAUUUGGAGUACUACAGUAAACUAGAUGAAUUCCUUCAAAGUGCCAAUUGCACCACGCUGUUCAACUACGCUGGCUUACGAAAGAUUCUGGAGUGGGCCGCACAUGCAUCGGAGGAAUUCCGCAAUGCUUCUUUUGGGCUGAGCAAAGCUAUUUCGGGGGUUCUUGCAAAAAAGCCCAGAUGGGAAGAGUGCGUCGAUACUGUGAACAAUGCUCUGCCAGAGAUCGUCGGUUACCGUUACGUCAAGCAAAAGUUCAGCGAGAAAGCAAAGAAAGAGGUUGAAGACCUUGUAAAAAGGAUCGCGAAUGUAUUCAACGAAACGAUUCGGGGAAACGAGUGGAUGGACAAUGCUACUAAAGGUGCUGCGGAAUCUAAGCUUGCAAAAAUGGCAGCGAAAAUUGGAUACCCAGACUGGCUACUAAACAUGACAUACCUCGAGAAACUUUACAAAUACGUACCAGCACUAUACCUCAACAGUUCCUUUUUGGAAAUGCAUUACGCUAUAAAUGAAAACAACAUGAUGCGAACAUUGUUGAAGCUCAGACAACCGUUUGACAAGGACGCCAACUGGAUUAUAGGCGCGGCGGUUGUAAACGCCUUUUACAGUCCGUCUAGCAACGAGAUGGUGUACCCUUCGGGCAUACUUCAAGGUGUCUUCUUUCAACAUGGUGUUCCACGUUCACUUAACUUCGGCGCAAUCGGUGCUGUGGUUGGGCACGAGAUGACACAUGGCUUCGACGACAAAGGAAGCCAGUUCGAUGCGGAUGGUGCAUUGAAGCAAUGGUGGACCAAUGAAACUCGUACGAAAUUUAACGAUAAGGCGCAGUGCUUUGUCUACCAAUACGGAAACAUCACUGACAAAGAGACCAACAUGACGCUCAACGGGGCAAACUCUGUCGGAGAAAACAUUGCAGACAACGGUGGCCUACGUAUGGCCUUCAAGGCAUAUGAAAAACUGCUGGAAGACGAAUGCGACGGUGAGGACACCCGCCUACCUGGGCUGACGCACCUGUCAGGAAAGAAGCUGUUCUUCAUCGCGCAGGCAAUGGUGUGGUGCGGUUUAAACAGAGUGGAGCGGUUGAAGCACCUCAUCCAGUAUGACACGCACAGCCCCUAUCGAUACAGAGUCGAAAUGCCCAUGAAAAACAUGGAGGAAUUCUCUGCCGUAUUCAACUGUCCAGCAAAUUCGACGAUGAACCCAACCGAAAGGUGCAGGUUAUGGUGAAGUGUAUUCCAGGGCUGAAAAAAGAUCAAUUCGCUGAAUACAAAUUCUAUAGA